AGCUGUAAAGCACAAAUUAUAAAGAGACUUUUAUAGUAAAUCAUUUCCGGUUGUCAUACUGGUCGCGCGCUUCCCGCUGCCGCACUGACACGUCACGAAGGUCAGGCGAGAGCUGAUGGAAAGAUGGCGACCACCUACAACAGCUUCAAUUUGCACACAUCUCCAGAGAAGUUUUACAUUGAAGCCUGUGAUGAUGGUGCUGUUGAUGUUUUGGCCAUUGACAGGGUGUCCACAGAAAUGACCCUCACAGUGAGGAAGGACAUCCCUCCAUCAGCUGUCACUCGACCAAUCUGUGGCAUCAUGGGAACUAUACGACUGGUGGCAGGCAUGUAUCUCAUCGUCAUUACAAAGAAGAAGAAAGUUGGGGAUCUGCUUGGUCACGUAGUCUGGAAAGCUGUUGACUUUGACAUUAUUUCAUACAAAAAGACGGUUUUACAUCUGACUGAUAAUCAGAUGCAGGACAACAAGACAUUUCUGUCCAUGAUCAACCACGUCCUGAAUACAGAUGGUUUCUACUUCACCACAGACUACGAUCUGACGCACACCCUACAGCGACUGUCCAACACCAGCCCAGAGUUUCAGGAGAUGAGCUUACUGGAGCGGGCAGAUCAGAGGUUUGUGUGGAACGGUCACCUGCUGAGAGAAUUUAUAGCUCAGCCAGAGCUACACAAGUUUGUCUUCCCUGUUAUUCAUGGCUUUAUCACCAUGAAGUCCUGCUGUAUUAACGGUAAAGUCUUCGAUUGGAACAUCAUUUCUCGACGGAGCUGCUUUCGGGCUGGUGUUCGCUACUAUGUACGAGGUAUCGAUUCAGAGGGCCAUGCGGCUAAUUUUGUGGAGACCGAACAGAUUGUGCAGUUUAAUGGAUCAAAAGCUUCAUUUGUACAGACUCGAGGGUCCAUCCCGUUCUACUGGUCUCAGAGACCCAACCUCAAAUACAAGCCCCGACCACAGAUCAGCAAAAGUGUCAAUCACCUGGAUGGAUUCCAGAGACACUUUGACUCACAGAUCAUAACAUACGGCAAACAAGUCAUUCUCAACCUGAUAAAUCAGAAAGGUUCAGAGAAGCCAUUAGAGCUGGCCUUCUCAAAGAUGGUGAACAGUCUGGGCAAUGGGAUGAUCAGGUACAUCGCCUUUGACUUUCAUAAAGAAUGCAGUCAUAUGAGGUGGCAUCGGCUGCAGAUCCUGGUGGACAUGGUGGCUGAGAUGCAGGAUGAGUUUGGCUACUUCCUGGUGGAUUCUGAUGCAACAGUUCAGAUGCAACAGGACGGGAUGUUUAGAAGCAACUGUAUGGACUGUCUGGAUCGUACCAACGUCAUCCAAAGUCUUCUGGCCCGCAGGUCUCUGCAGUCACAGUUGGUGAGGAUGGGCGUUCUCCAUGUAGGCCAACAGAUUGAAGAGCAGGCAGAUUUUGAAAAAGUAUAUAAGAAUGCGUGGGCAGACAACGCUAAUGCAUGUGCCAAACAGUAUGCUGGUACAGGAGCUCUGAAAACAGACUUUACACGGACGGGGAAGAGGACCCAGUGGGGUCUGUUAAUGGAUGGAUGGAACUCUAUGAUCAGAUACUACAAGAACAACUUCUCCGAUGGAUUUAGACAGGACUCCAUUGAUCUGUUCUUGGGGAAUUAUGCAGUCGAAGAGGCCGAUAUGAACACUCCUCUAAAUGAGCCCAAAGACUGGAAGUUCCUCACGCUGCCCAUCAUCAUGGUCGUGGCAUUUUCAAUGUGCAUCAUCUGUUUGCUCAUGGCCGGCGACACCUGGACAGAAACAUUGGCGUAUGUGCUGUUCUGGGGUAUGGCGAGUAUGGUCACGGGAGGCGUCAUCCUUUUCAACGGACGGGACUUUGUUGAUGCCCCCAAACUGGUGCAGAAAGAAAAGAUGGAUUGAAUGUGUGUGUGUGGAAAGCAGCUCAGGCCCUCUGAGUCUUCAUCAUCCUCCUCAUCCUCACUGCUGUCUCACUCUCAGUUUCAUCAGGCCUGGAGCCUGUACUGACGGUAAAGGAGGAGGAUGAAUGAAGAAUGGGGUCAUGCGGGGGCCGAGGCAGGGCGAGACGAGACGAGACUGAUGCCUGCCUGCUGCUCUCCACACGGUUGAUGUUUUCUGUAGGACCACCAGCUCCUCUCUGCACCACAAAGUCCCACAGCUCCAGCAGCGAAUGAGCAGCUUCACCAACACUUUAUGACCAUUGUGCUUUACAUGCAUGGACUCAGGACACAUCCGAACAGUUAUCACAAGGUUUCUGGCCCCAAAUCUUGUGCUUGACACGUUCAGAUUAUUUCAUU